AAAAGUUGUGGAGAAACGGCAAUUAAUGCAAUUCAUAAUCGUAUUUUAACAGAGAUUAAGCGGCAAUUAAUGUUCGCAGAUAUUUCUCAUAAAGAAAUAGCUUUUGACUUAGGUUUUAAUUCUCCAGCGGCUUUAAAUAAAUUUGUAAAAGCUAAAUUAAAUCUUACUCCAACACAAUUACAACAAGAAUUGGCACAAAAAAAAAUAAAUAAGAACAAUAUGAGCAAAUUAUUUGUUGCUGGUGAAGUAUUUCACGGAGCAGGAUCAUUAGAAGAAUUAAAAAAUAUAAAAGGUAAAAAAGCUAUUAUCGUUACAGGAGGAAGUUCUAUGAAAAAGAGUGGAGCUUUGGAUCGUGCAAUUGCUUUUUUAGAAGAAGCUGGUUUAGAAACUAAAGUUUUUGAUGGAGUAGAGGAGGAUCCUUCUUCUGCAACAAGUUUCAAAGGAGCUGAAGUAAUGAACGAAUUUCAACCAGAUUGGAUUAUCGGUUUAGGUGGUUGUUCUGCAAUUGAUGCAGCGAAAAUGAUGUGGGUUUUUUAUGAGCAUCCAGAUGCUAGUUUUGAUGCUAUGACAAAACCAUUUACAGUUCCUACAUUAAGAAAUAAAGCUAAAUUUAUUGCUAUUCCUUCUACAAGUGGUACAGGAACAGAAACUACAGGUUUAGCUGUUAUUACAGAUAGAGAAAAAGGAGUAAAAUAUCCUAUCGUUUCUUAUGAGUUAACACCAGAUAUCGCAAUUGUUGAUGGAGAAAUUUGUGCUUCUAUGCCUGCGCAUAUUACUGCUAACACGGAUUAA